AUGAACACCAACGCCUUUGACGACCAGUAUGAAGGUUGUGAACUGGAAAUGGAAUAUGUAAUCAGAGAACACCUACUUGAGCAAGAAAAAGACAUUGACCCAGAUUUUGCCCAUGCAUGGGAUCUCGCAAUGGAGGCAUGGGCUGAAACCAAAGACUACGUAAGCGGAGAUAUUUCUGAGGGCUUCCUGGACGAGUUUGGAGCCGCCAUUAUCGUUUAUUCCAACGACACCGUUUAUUCCGGUUUCAACGAAGCGGUGAGAAAUUACGACCGGGAAAAUUUCAACUACCAUUCCCUGCAUUUCUUCAUGACCCAAGCCAUGAACCACCUGAGGACGGACUGCCCGGCGCCCGUGUACAGAGGGGUCAACAGGGUACGUCUGUUACCCGAGGAUGUCGGGGGGGAAAUUCGAUUCGGGCAGUUCACCUCUUCCUCCAGGAAUCAAACGGUGGCAGAGAACUUUGGGACGGGGACUUUCUUCAACAUAAGCACCUGCUUUGGGGCAGACAUACACAUUUUAUCCGCUUAUCCAGGAGAAGAGGAGGUCCUCAUACCGGUGGACGAGGUCUUCGAAGUGACGGACUUUACCAGGGAUGAAGGCGAAAGCAGAUUUGUCCUUACAACCACAAAAUCCAGAUGUCAUUACUACAACUGUGACUACUUAGGAAAAGGGGGAAAAUCCAGGACAUGUGUGUUUAGUAGAGUGCCAACAAGGGAACCUAAAACACCCUUCAGGACAUUCCAAUCCAUUUUCCGAGGCAGCAAAGAGAGGGACAACUUUAGCACCAAAGUGUUAAGUUACACCCACACUGGCUUCACCACAGCAUACCCAACCUCCCUCUCCUCAUAA